AUGACAGAAGCCGGCCCAGCACCCAGUAAGCGAGCCUUCAAGGACAAGGAAAAGCCAGCUGAAGUUCGAGGAAGCAACAUUGUCGCAGCAAGAGCUGUCGCUGAUGCCGUACGAACGAGCUUGGGUCCAAAAGGAAUGGACAAGAUGAUCCAAUCUGGAAAUGGAGAGGUCAUUAUAACUAACGAUGGUGCUACUAUAUUGAAGCACAUGUCUGUCAUGCAUCCAGCCGCUAGAAUGUUGGUGGAUUUAUCUGCUGCACAGGAUGUAGAAGCUGGUGAUGGAACCACAUCAGUCGUUGUUCUCGCUGGUAGUUUGUUGACUGCUGCUGAACGAUUACUAGAAAAGGGAAUCCAUCCUACCACAAUCGCCGAAUCCUUUCAACGUGCUGCUGCCAAAUCUACUGAAUAUUUAACGGCCAUGUCUACCAAGUUGGAAUUAAGUGACAGGGAAUCCCUCUUGAAGAGUGCUACUACCUCAUUAAACUCAAAGAUUGUAUCUCAAUACUCAUCCUUGUUGGCUCCCAUUGCUGUCGACUCUGUAUUGCGAGUCAUUGAUUCAGCUACUGCCACUAAUGUUGACCUCAAAGACAUUCGCCUUGUAACCAAAGUUGGAGGAACCAUUGACGACACUGAAUUGAUUGAUGGUCUAGUCUUGACUCAAAAUGUCAUCAAGAGUGCUGGUGGACCAACAAGAGUAGAAAAGGCCAAGAUUGGUUUGAUUCAGUUCUGCUUGUCUCCACCGAAACCUGAUAUGGACAAUCAGAUUGUGGUAAACGAUUACCGUCAAAUGGACAAGAUCUUGAAGGAAGAACGUCAGUACUUGUUGGACAUGUGUAAAAAGAUCAAAAAGGCCGGAUGCAAUGUCCUCUUCAUCCAAAAGUCCAUCUUGCGAGAUGCUGUGAAUGACUUGUCUCUGCACUUCUUGUCUAAACUCAAGAUCUUGGCCAUCAAGGAGAUCGAACGUGAUGAGGUUGAAUUCAUCUGCAAGUCUACUGGUGCCAAACCUAUUGCCGACAUCAACUCCUUCACUGAAGACAAACUCGGCUAUGCUGAAUUGGUAGAAGAAGUAUCCACAGCUGGAGCCAAAGUCGUCAAGGUCACUGGAGUAAAGAAUGCAGGAAAGACAGUAUCUGUCUUGAUUCACGGUGCCAAUCAACUGGUAUUGGAAGAAGCUGAACGAUCCUUCCAUGACGCUCUCUGUGUCAUUCGAUGCUUGGUCAAGAAGAAGGCUCUCAUAGCUGGAGGCGGUGCUCCCGAAAUAGAAGUCAGUCAAAGACUCAUGGAGUAUGCCAAGACCUUGAAGGGUAUGGAAGCAUACUGCUUUGAGGCAUUCGCUGAAGCUUUGGAAGUCAUUCCCAUCACCUUGUCGGAGAAUGCUGGUCUCAACCCCAUAUCUAUUGUAACUGAACUGCGAAAUCGUCAUGCCAAGGGUGAAAAGACUGCUGGUAUCAACGUUCGCAAGGGCACCAUUUCCAAUAUCUUGGAUGAGAACGUCAUUCAGCCUCUAUUGGUGUCUACUAGUGCGAUUGAGCUCGCAGCCGAGACUGUAAAGAUGAUUAUGAAGAUUGACGACAUUGUCUCGACACGUUAG